AUGCCAAGUUCAAAUUUCGACGUUCUUCUCAAGAUUCUUGUAUUGGGAGAGUCUGGGGUUGGUAAGACGUCCAUCACAAAGAGGUUUUGUGAAGGAAAAUUUGAUGAAGAAGUCAAGAACACUGUUGGAGUUGACUUCCUUUCAAAGUUCAUGGAGGUCAAUAAUAAGAAAGUGAAGUGUGUGUUGUGGGACACUGCUGGUCAAGAACGUUUCAUGAACAUCUCGUCAGUGUAUUUUCGAAACACAGCAGGUAUCAUUAUGGUGUAUGAUGUGAACAACUCUUCGUCCUUCGAACAUCUUGGUCAAUGGUUUGAAGAAGUCAAAAACAAGACCACUGAAGGUACAGCACCAUCUGUAGUGAUUGUAGGCAACAAGAAGGAUAUGAAUCACGUUUCAGCCAUCGAACCAGAAUGUGUUGAGUCGCUUGCCAGAAAAUUUGGUGAUGCAAAAUGGCUUGAGUGUAGUGCAUUAGAUGGGACUGGAAUUGAGACGUUAUUUACGACUUUAGUCUCCGAAAUAAUAAAUCGACUUGAGACGACUCCAAAGACUGAAGCUCAGAAGACGUGGAAUGAGAAAAUCAAAUUUGAACUUCCUCCGAAGAAGAAAGGGUGUUGUUAA